AUGUGCUUAGGAUUGGGUGGUGUUGGGGUGGAUGUGGAAUUUGAUAAAAAUAUAUGUGGUGUUGUGGGGUCAGUUAUGAAAGAUAAAUUACUAACGGUUGAAAAUGUUAUUAAUGUCAUUAAGAGUUUGUUAGAGGCUGAGUUUGUUGAUGUUGAUAAUGUUUGCCACAAUAUAGAUAGGUUGUCCACUUACAACUGGGGUAAAGUAGUUCAUACGUAUCUAGUAAAAAGUUUAAGUCGUGCCUUUUUGGCACUUGGUCAAACAGAAAUCUGCUUAAGCGGCUCAACAACAGUUUUGCAGAUUUUUUUGGAAUGGAGGUUGAGAGAAGAAGACCAUGAGAAUGAAAUUAUUCGAGAAGCCUUGCAACUUGGACACGAAGGGCAAUCCAAAAAAGCGCAUGUAGAUAACAAGGCUGCGUCGACGCAAGACUUGUUAAAGAAGCUGCGAAAGCAUGGAAGACGACUACGGAAGUUGAAGAAGCACAUGACGGAAUUACGUGAAGAAAUAUUGUCUAGAUCUCAUGUAGGGGAUGAAGAAGAUGGAGAAAAUGUUGACGAGAAGGGUGCGGAAGGUGUACACAAAGAAGCCGAUGUUGAGGUUGAGGUUGAACAGCGUGAUCAGGAGGAUGAAAUUGGUGAACGUCUUCAUAAAGGUUUUGAUUUGAACUCCGAAUCUGAUGUUGCCCAGUUUGGGGAGGACUUAAAUUGUAGAUUGGUGGCCAAUAUAAAUGGCCAAAUUUUGGGUACCUCUGAAUGCUCUGGUUUUGGUUUUGCAAAUAAGGUGGACAAUAUGGCUGUUUUGUUCGGUGCAAGCACAAUGAUGUACUUUGAACGACGCAAAUAUGGUCAUGUCAAGCGAGUAGCUUUCAAUCCGUUAUAUGCGACUCAUGUUCUGAACAACUCACGAAGGAUGAAGAUUAAUAGACGGCAAUGGACAUUGAAAGACUAUGAGGUUUACUUUCGUGCAGGAUUGAUUUCUGUGGAGGAUAUUGUGGAUGCUGAUUUUUUGUUUGCCCCAACGGUGCAUGAAGGUCAUUGGUGGUGCUAUGCUGUAAAUUGUCAACAGAAGAAGCUUUAUGUCUUGGAUUCAAUUGGACAUUCCAAUAAAAAUCGCAAAAGACUAAAUAACGCCAUUGCUUAUAAUAUGGGAUUGCUUUUUGGUAUGCUGUUGAAAUGUGGUGAUGAUGAAUAUCCAAUCUUUGAAGAAGAAUGCCACAAUACUCCUAUUCAACCAAACUUGUAUGAUUGUGGGAUUAUUGUUCUUCAAAUGAUGGAGUUGUGA